GACCAUAAAAAUCGAGACAAAACAAUCAGGACAUCAAGCAUAACAAGAUCAAAAAGAGUUUGUCUUUGACCAAGGGUCUCAGGCUCGCCUUCGAUCUAUGCAUAAAAUCGUCUUCAAAAUGAUUUGUGUCUGACGCAUUGAUGCAAAGGCGAAGACAUCUAAAGGAAAUAGUCGGAAAUGCAAGACCAGGCCGACAUCGGAGCUGAGGCUAGACAUACAAACACUAGCCCUGACACUAGCGGGCUCACAACACUACGCUUCGCCAAAAUUAAAAUUGAGAGAGAUAGCAACGAGGAGGUCGUCAAGUAUCAGGAUCUCCCGGAAGUAGAAAAAGACUGUGUUGUGAAGAAAGAAACGCAUGACAACCCCGUUAAACAUGAUUUACAAGUCGUAUUUACAGAAUCCAGCGAGCUGCACGUGGAGGAAGCCAUCGAGGAGUCACAGCAGUUCCAGUGUUUCGUCUGCUCGAAAGCCUUUCCCACUGAGAUAGCGCUAAAACGACAUAACAAUGUCCACGAUAGAAUUAACAAAUGCACGUGCUCUUACUGCGGCAAAGAAUUCAAUACUAGUCGAAAUAUGAAACGCCAUAUACGCUUCCACACCCAGGAGAAACCGUACAAGUGUUCACACUGCCCUAAAGCCUUUAGCGACGCUUCCAUCCUCAAGAGGCACACGCGCACGCACACGAAAGAGAAACCGUACGUGUGCGAGAUAUGCGGUAAAGCAUUUAUCCAAUCAAACGGCUUGAGAUUUCACCAGAUAGUCCACACAGGGGCACAGCCAAACGGAUGCAAAAUCCAUACUUGUGACUUCUGCUCUAAAGCAUUUGGUCGCCAUAGUGAUUUAGUUCGCCACGUACGCACCCACACUGGUGCGAGGCCAUUUCAGUGUGAGCACUGCCCCAAGGCGUUCACCUCUUCGUCGAACUGCUCUCGUCACAUGCGCAUUCACACGAAUGAAAGACUUUUUCAAUGCGACUUGUGCGAAAAGGCUUUCAUCGAUCGUGCUGACUUGCGAAGGCACUGUCAACGCACCCAUUCUGACAAUAGAACGCGGUAUUCCUGUGGUGUCUGUAAGAAGACGUUCAAGUCGCAAAGGAGUGUGGGGCACCACUCAUGUCGCGCAUUGGAGGAAGUGUCUGUGUACCCUUGUGAUACAUGUAGUAGGACGUUUGGACACAAAAGUGCUUUGAAGAGGCACAGGGCCGGGUGUCACGCCCUUGUGUGAUGCAUGUAGUACAACCAUGGAGCUUAAAGCGGUAGAAAAAAUAUAUAUCACACGAUUCAGGAACACAUGAGAAUGUGUCGCCCGAACUGCUUUGUUAUGGAAUUAAUGGUAGGUCGAUUAAUAUAAGUGAAUAAACCGUGCAGAGCCUUUCAGUAUAGACGCGGUUGUAGUGGUUUCACCUCCUCCACAAGCGUCACCCCAUUAACGUUGUCAAAGACUUGAAUUUACUCGCACGAGAAAUAGCGUCAUGCGAAUGUCUUCUCUACUUCACAAAUAUAAAGAUUUCAAUGUCCAAUAGGUUAUUAAAUUUUAUUCAUUGACGUUAUUGGCAUCGUAGUUUUUACUCUCUGCGUCUUGGCGCAUGUGGUACUGUAACUACGUUGAGUUUCAUAUACACCUAUUUCAAUAAACGUUGUCAGUUCAAAUGG